AUGGUUUCAAAAACCACGCAAGCUGCUACUGCAGCAGCAAGAAGAGAGGCUGCACGCAUGCGUGCGGCCGCGAAAAGUGCCUCUCACACCCCAGCAGCAGGCGAUUCGUCACCUGUUGUCGUGAAUCCUCCACGUGGUGAGUCACCACGUGUGACAGGUACAUCCGUUGCGUCUGCAGCGGUUACCUCGGGUCGUAAUCAAGACGAGUCUGAGAUAGAGCUCAUCUAUUCUGGCGAGUUGGAUGAUGCAUCCGACUCGAAGGCGACACAUCACCGCGGCGGUAUUGUGACCGAGAUCUUCGGAUCGAGUGAUUAUUCCGAUGAGUCUCCGCCUCACGCAAGUCCAUCCAACGAUAGGACGCGUGGGGAUGGUGGUGAUGCACCUAUACAUCACCACGAGCGAAGUUACUCGAGGGAUCGGAGUAACACUGGUGCCAGUGCUCAUGCUGGCACCAAUCAAGAGGCUAGGGACCGAAAUGUCCUGCGCCAAGCUCUUCAAGUGGAGUCUUCGUGGAUGCCGCCAUCCAGAGAGUUGGAACGGUUGGCCGGCACGACUACCGAACGGGAUCGAAUCCCGUUGUUCGAUUGCAGGGAGAUUUGCCCACCUGAUUCCAGCACGGAUACUAUCCGUGCUGAGGAAGAGUUCUUCACCGAUGCGUUCUUCAAACAUCGGUGGUAA